CGCAAACCUUUGGACGAAGCAGUGACGAAGCACACGACUUGGAGGUGGGUUUAGCAGGUCAGCAAGAAGGGCAACAGCAGCCGAGUAUAGGAGGGAAGAGGGAACAUCAGACAAGGAACCGCUUGGCAGUAUCACGAUGUCAGGCAGACUCUUCCUCUCUGCCGCCUUCCAGCGUCGACUGGCUCGUACACCUCUCCGUCGAAAAUUGUCAUGGUCAUCGACUUCAUCACCCCUUGUUCCAGCCACCAGCACCUCUUCCUCUUCUUCUUCUUCUCCUUCUUCUUCUCGCUUCUUCUCGACCUCUUCAGUCUCAUCGGCCAAGAGAGAUGCGCUUCGGCUACCUCGAUCGGAACGUCCUGCAGUCUCCGUCGGACCUGUCAGACCGAUCCUAUCCGAGGAUAUCGAUCUUCCAAGUCAACCUCCAGACUCUGCAUUGGCGGUAUUGCUCUCUCGAAUGACACUUGAUCCUGAUCCUGCUCUCUAUCCUUCCGUUUUGGCUUGUCUCACCCAUCCAUCAUACGCCAACACUCCGUAUCAAUCUGGCGACUCGACCCCUUCCCCUCAACCCUCUACAUCCUCUUCAUCCUCCUCUUCAGCAGCGGCGCAGAAUACGAAGGAAUACAAUAACGAGCUCUUGUCAGCUACUGGAAACUCACUCCUUGGACUGUUUGCAGCUGAAUUCCUGGCCAAUCGAUUCCCAUUCCUCCCUACUGAACCCCUGAAAUCAGCCGUGACGGCUUAUGUCGGUCCGGCAGCAUGUGUUUCCGUAGCGAGAGAAUUGGGUAUCGGAGUCAGACACGGAGCAGACGCGGGUGAAUUUGCAAUGGGUCAACCAUCUGCAAGUGCUGGUGUUCCUAUUCGAUGGGAGCGAAUGACCCUCGAAAGGGAAGAAGCUAUGAUUUACCCCUCGGCAAGGUUCAACAAAAUGUUGAAAGCCGAAGGGGAUCGAUGGGCAUCAAAAGUGGAGACACCGAGCGGGAUGGCUUUGGAUCCAGAUCAAUCGAGAAGAGUCAAAUAUGCCGAACAAUGGACAGAUGUGGUCGCGUCGGUCAUGAGAGCGUUUGUGGGGUUGAUCUACGAGCAAAAGGGCCUUCACGAUGCUCGGGAAUUCGUUCAUGCUCAUUUCUUUUCACGCCAUUUGGACCUCACUACCCUGUUCAACUUUAGGAAUCCCAAGCUCGUUCUCGCCGCCGUGGUUGAAAGACACAUGGCUGAAGCGGGAAUCAACAAGGCCUCGGGUCAGACCAAGAUCCAGCCUCGUUUGCUCGCAUCGACUGGUGUGGCGACCAUGGCCCCGUUAUUCAACAUUGGUCUCUUUUUACCGUCUGGUUUGAAGUUAGCCGAGGGUACUGGAUCCUCCAAAGCCAUGGCGGAACAUCGAGCAUCCGUCAAUGCCCUGAUGAGUUUAUACCUGGUCAGAGGCGACGUUUCCCGUGUAGCUGGACAAAAUGUCUCCAACCUGUUACCGAGUAUGGCGCACUCUCCCACUCCUAUCGGCGAGAAUGGUCUGGAAACUGAAGAGACGGGAGAGAAGGGUUACAAGGGUAAAGGAUUCGGAGGUUUGGAAACGAAUGUGGAGAAUUCCAAGAGAUCACAGAUGAGGGGUAGACUGCUUCAGAGCCACUAGCAGUAUCAUCAUCAUAUGCAUAAGGCAUCGAAAUCAGGGG